AUGUUCGAUUCCGAUGCUUCUUUGCCCACUGCAGACUCAGUUGCUGAUGACGUGCUGUCAAUGCAGGGACAUUCUUCGGCCUCAGGCUGUAUGAAAGUUUUGCAAGAAAGGUUAAGAUUUUUACAAACACAGCAAAAUAAUUCAACUUCCAGUGCAGCUGCAUUAAGUAAUAAUGUUACUUCAAUGUCGCCACAUUAUCCUAGACCAAUUAUAUAUAACUCAGGGAACACAACCUCUUACGUACAUCAGCCUGUGAUGCAGCCUCAUACAGUGCAUUAUAAUCCUCCAGCUCAGCAACCUGCUGCAACUCAAGAUGUUACAACGCCAAGCACACAGCAGAACAUAAGUGUUAAUAAUAUUAAUGCAGCAAUAUCUGACAAUUUGACUGUUACUGAACAGGGGUCUCAUGAUGCAGAAAAUAUGAUGCCUAAUCAUUACUCUGCAUCAGUGUCUGAAGGCAUGCCUACUUUAUCCUUACCUGAAAAAUUAGAUGUGCCACCAGAUCCAUAUGAAAUGACUUUCAAUGAUGAACCUCCACCCAAAAUGAAAAGACGUGCACCUAAAGAGCCGAAGCCAAAAAAGCCCCCUAAAUCACCCAAACCUCCGAAAUCUCCAAAACCAAAAAAGGCUAAAAAGAGUAAAAAUGCAGGUGAAGUACCAGUGCCCAGCAGUCAUGAGGGACCUUUGGAAAAUGCUUCUACGGAAGGAACAGAAGGCGCUCAGUUGCCUAUUGGUGGUGAAAUGCCAAUGACUACUGGAGAUGCUGCUGAAUCUAAACAAAAGAAAGGAGCAAGGAAAAGGAAACCCAAAGAAAAUGAUGGAGAACCAAAAGAACCUAAACCGAAAAAGCCCCGGAAAAAGCCUGUGAAGCAACCAAAGAAAUCAAAAGAAGAACCACCUAGUGAAGCUGUUCCAAAUGAUGGAAAUAACAAUAGUAUUGAAACCACAGGUGAUGUAAAUAAACCAGGGGAAUCUGUGCCUGCAGGUGAUGCAGUGCCAAAUGCAAAUGUUGAAAAUGAGUCUAAAGAAAAUAUUGAAACUGUUGAAAAAGAUGUGAAGGAUAAAAAGCCAGCUAAAUCAAAAUCAUCAAAAACACCUAAAGAUGGUGUACCUAAAGAGCCAAAAAAGACAACUCCAAAAAAGAAACUCCCCAAGAUAGCUCUAAAAUUCACUAGUAAGAAAAAGAAAAAGAAAGCUCUUACUGUAUCUGAUAAUUCUGAUAUUGAGCGUACUCCUCCUCCAUCACCAACAGAAAAUGAUGGUGUUACUAAACGCCGGUCAGCUAGAAAUACAGAGAGGAAGAAAUAUACUGAUGACAUUGAAUUACACUUGUCUGAUGAUGAAACUAUUGAAAUGGAUUUUGGGCAAUCUUCCAGACAUGAUGGAAAAAUUGUUCAAGUUGUUGUGGAUAAUCAUGCUGAUGAUUACAUGGUGGUAGAAAAGAUCUUAGCUAUUAGAACAGUCAAGAAACAGGUUGAAAAUGCAAAUAGUGAUGUCGAGAAUAGUACUCCUGAGAUGAUUGAUGUUGAAGAAUAUUUUGUGAAAUAUAAAAAUUUAUCAUAUAUUCACUGUGAAUGGAAAACAUUGGAAGAAUUAGAAAAGGGGGAUAGGCGUUUCAUCCAGAAGGUUAAAAGAUUCAAACAAAAAAAGGAGACUUUUAACUUUUUUGAUUUUCUGGAAGAGGAUCCUUUCAACCCCGAUUAUAUUGAAGUUGACAGGGUUUUGGAUGUUAAUGAGAUCAGGGAACCUUUGGCAUCAGAGAAUGAUUCAAAAGUUGAACCUUCUUCCAAACCAACAGCAGAUGAUGCUGAUGGUGGUGGAGAAGUUAAAACUGAUCAAAAUCUCACUCCUGGUGAAGAAGAUCUUAAAUCAGAGGAGAUAAAUGUGGAAAUUAGUGCUUUGCAAAGUGAUAUCCCUGAAGCUGAGAAAAGCUCUGUAGAUAUUGCUUCUCAAAAUGUCCUCCACUCUGAGCAGAGAGAUGUUGAAACUACUGCUUUGCAGACUGUUUCAUGUUCUUCCCAACCACCUGUGAUAGAAAAUGAAUCAAAGGAAGUUCUUCAGACCUUAUGUACUGAAAAUGAUACUUCUCAAGAAGCUUCAGUGAAAGUAAAUGUUGAGAAUGGUGAAAAGGAGCCCUCUGAAGCUAAUUUGGAAGAGAAACCUCCUGUAGCAGAAGAAAAGAAUGAAAACUGUAAAGUAACUCGUCAUUAUUUAGUAAAAUGGAGAGGUUUAACAUAUGAAGAAAGUACAUGGGAACUGGAGGAUGAUGUAGAUAAUGACAAAAUUGAACAAUUUCUCAGGUUUAAAGAGCCACCUCCUAAAGAGAAAUGGAAAGUUAAAAAGCGUCCUAAGCCAUCUGAAUGGAAUCAGCUUCCUGAAUCACCUGUAUAUAAGGGAGGUAAUACACUUCGAGAAUAUCAGCUGGAAGGUGUCAAUUGGUUAACAUUUUGUUGGUAUAAUAGUCAAAACUGUAUAUUAGCAGAUGAAAUGGGUUUAGGGAAAACAAUUCAGUCAAUAACAUUUCUCAAUGAAAUUGAUAAAUAUGGUAUUCCUGGGCCCUUUUUAGUAAUUGCUCCUUUGUCGACUAUUGGCAAUUGGCAACGUGAGUUUGAAACCUGGACUGAUUUAAAUGCUAUCACAUAUCAUGGCAGUUCACCUAGUCGCAAUAUGAUUCUUGAGUAUGAAAUGUAUUGGAAAGAUGAAAAGGGAGAACGGAUACAAGAUGUAUAUAAAUUUCAAGUCAUGAUAACCACUUUUGAGAUUAUCCUUACGGAUUGCAUGGAAUUAAAGUCUAUUCCAUGGAGAUGUGUGAUUAUAGAUGAAGCUCAUCGACUGAAGAACAGAAAUUGCAAGCUUCUGGAAGGCUUGAGAAUGCUGAAUACUGAACAUCGAGUUUUGCUUACUGGUACUCCUCUUCAGAACAACGUGGAAGAACUUUUCAGUCUUUUAAAUUUUCUGGAGCCGAAUCGAUUUGCUUCCACUGAAGCAUUUUUAGAGGAAUUUGGAAAUCUCAAAACAGAAUCUCAAGUGGAUAAACUGAAAGCUCUUCUGAAACCCAUGAUGCUUAGAAGACUUAAAGAAGAUGUUGAAAAGUCUUUGGCACCAAAAGAGGAAACUGUUGUAGAGGUGGAAUUGACAAACAUUCAGAAGAAAUAUUAUCGAGCUAUUCUCGAACGUAAUUUUACUUUUUUAACUAAAGGAAAUUGUUAUUCCAAUAUGCCAAAUUUGAUGAAUACUAUGAUGGAGUUACGGAAGUGUUGUAUUCAUCCGUUUCUCAUUAAUGGUGCUGAAGAACAGAUAAUUAAUGAUUACAAAAUGCAGCAUGAAGAAAGCCUAGAUAACAAUUUAAAUGCAAUGAUCCAAGCUUCAGGGAAACUUGUACUGAUGGAUAAGUUAUUACCUCGACUUAGAUGUGAUGGGCACAGAGUUUUAGUUUUCUCUCAGAUGGUUCGAUGUUUGGAUAUUUUAGAAGAUUAUUUGGUACAGAAAAGGUAUCCAUAUGAAAGAAUAGAUGGACGUGUGAGGGGUAAUCUCAGGCAAGCUGCUAUUGAUCGCUUUUGUAAACCUGAUUCUGAUCGUUUUGUAUUCCUGCUGUGCACACGUGCUGGUGGGUUAGGUAUCAAUUUAACAGCAGCUGAUACCGUUAUAAUAUUUGAUUCUGACUGGAAUCCCCAAAAUGAUCUACAGGCUCAGGCCCGUUGCCACAGAAUUGGUCAGUCAAAAGCGGUGAAAGUGUACCGACUUAUUUGUCGAAAUACAUAUGAGAGAGAAAUGUUUGAUAAAGCAAGUCUGAAACUGGGUUUAGAUAAAGCAGUCUUACAGUCUAUGACAAUGAAAGAGAAUGUAGGCAUGAAUCAGCAGAUGUCAAAGAAAGAAAUUGAGGAUUUGCUACGUAAAGGUGCUUAUGGUGCUCUCAUGGAAGAUGACAAUGCUGGUGAUAAAUUCUGUGAGGAGGACAUAGAUCAGAUUCUUCAACGAAGAACUCAAGUUAUUACUCUUGAAAGUGGAACUAAAGGCUCUACUUUCUCCAAAGCAACUUUUACAUCAGCUAGCACAAGAUCAGACAUUGAAAUUGAUGAUCCUAAUUUUUGGGAAAAGUGGGCUAAGAAAGCAAAUUUAGAUGUUGAUGAAUUGAAAAACAGGAAUGAACUAAUAAUCCAGGAACCACGUCGAAGAACACAAACAAGAAGAUUUGGUACUGAUGAUUUAAUAGACUUAUCAGAUUUAGAUAGCAGUGAUGAAGAUGAUGAAUCUAUUUCUGCACGAACUAGAGCAUCAAGAAAAGGUUCAAAAAAUCGUUCUAAAAACAGAGGCAGAGAAAGAGAUGAUGAUUUCAUGGAUGAUGUUCCUCCAGGGAAUUGGACACGUGCUGAAUGCUACAAGAUGGAAAAAGGAUUACUUACAUUUGGAUGGGGUCGUUGGGAUGAGUGCAUGGCUUUGGGACAGUUUCGUAGACGUUUAUCUCAUAAAGACUGUGAAGAAAUUUCUCGUACAAUUUUACUAUAUUGUUUAUUGCACUACAAAGGUGAUGAAAAAAUUAAAAGUUUUAUUUGGGAUCUUAUUUGUCCAAAUUAUGAUGGGGAACAAAGGAUACAUAAAAAUCAUUCAGAGUCUGAAACAACUCUUGAACAAGAUGCAAUGUUUGAUGGAUUGUCAGCUGAUGAUAAGGGACUAUCAGCACCAGUUCCUCGUGGGCGUAAAGGUAAAAAAAUAAAAAAAGAAACCAAAACAGUUGAUCAAAUUAUUGAAGAAUGUGAGUGGACUAAAGAAGAAAUUAAUAAUCCAGAUUCUCUUCUGAAUGAUGAAAUUUAUAAGAGGCACCUUAAUAGGCAUUCUAAUAAGGUUUUGCUUCGAGUACGUUUGCUGUAUUAUUUAAGACAUGAAAUUAUUGGAGAUCUUCAUGAUCAAGUAUUUUCUGGAAUAAAUGCUAGUGAGAUUCCUCUAUUUGUCCCUCCUGCUGAUGGGGAGCCACCAACUCCAUGGUGGGAUCAAGAACUAGAUAAGAGUCUGUUGUUGGGUAUAUACAAGCAUGGUUUUGAAAGAUACAAUAUCAUGAGGCAAGAUCCAACUUUGUGUUUCUUGUCACGUUGUGGUCCUCCUGAUGGCGCAGCCUUAUUAGCAGAACUUAAUGUGAUAAGUAAUGAAGAUGAUAUGGAAGAUCAGACUGCUCAAAAAGACAAAGAUGAAGAUAUGGAGCCUUUGUCUCCUAGCAGUGAAAAUGAUCCACCAAAAACUGUUCCAAACAAUUCAAAUAGUUAUUUAACUCAUGGAUAUGAAAUGGGAGUGAUUCAGUUUCCUUCAGUAACUGAUGUGAAUACCAGAGUGCGAAGGCUAGUUACAGCCUUUCAGCGGAACAACAAGAAGUUAGAAAUUAGAAAUGCGCAAAAGGCUCGGAAAAUUGAGAGACGGGAGAAAUUUGAAGCAGCAAUAAGAGAAAGAGAAUUGAAAAAAAGGGAAUUGCAGCAGCGGAAAUGGUCUCGUAGAGAAGAAGCUGAUUUCUAUCGCACCAUUUCAUCUUUUGGUGUUGAAUACAAUGAAGAGAAAAAAGAGUAUAAUUGGGCUAGAUUUCGUGGCAUUGCACGACUGGAACGAAAAUUUGAUGAAACACUUGCUGAAUAUUACAGAUGCUUUUAUGCUAUGUGUAAAAGGGUCUGUGGGAGAGAACUUACUGAGGAAGAAGAGCAACUUUCAAUGAAUGUAGAGCCUAUAUCUGAAGAACGAGCCAGCAGAUGUUUACAAAGGGUUGAAUUACUCAAUAAAAUUCGGGAAGAAAUUUUAUGUCAUCCAGACUUAGAUGAAAGAUUAAAAUUAUGCCAACCAUCGAUGGAUCUUCCUGAUUGGUGGAUUUGUGGGAAGCAUGAUAAGGAUCUUUUAAUUGGUGCUGCCAAGCAUGGGUUAAGCAGAAUGGACUAUCAUUUACUGCAUGAUCCUAAUCUUUCCUUUAAGGAUGUAUUAAAAAAUUAUCCAAAUGCAAAAACUAUACAGAUAGGCAGUAUGUUAUCUAAUCCACUUGGUUGUUCGAGUCCACUAAAUAUAUAUCACACAGAUGAUCAUAUGUUGCUUAAAGAAGAAAGUAUUCGUAAAUUAAAAGAGGAGCUACCUAUUUCUUCUGAUGAAUUUUCUGUAAGAGAUGAAACUAUUUUAAAGCAAGUUCAUGGUGAUGCUGGAUAUGAACCAGAGAAAGCAAAUUUUGAAAAUUCUGAUAAAGUUAAAGAUGCUUCCAAUUGUAAAGAAUCAAAAUAUUCAGUGAAUGACUCAGUUGUUGGUAUUUUGGCAAAUGAUCUUCAGAUAAAAAAUAGUAAGCAAAUAAAUGAGUUUUCUAAAAAUGAAGAAAUUAUCAUUGAUGAAGCUGCUGUAGAAGAAUCAAAAGAUUCUGAUUUAAAACCUCAAAAUAAUUCUACUAAAAUUGAAAUCAAACUUGAAAAUGAAAAUGAAAAUGAAGCUAUGCUUUUAAGUGCUACUGAUGGCAAACAGGGAAAAGAAGAUUUGAGUGUAGAAGAACGGAGAGUUUCAGUGAGAGAUUUGAAACAGGAAGAUGAGAUUAAAUUAGAAGAUGAGGAAACUGAUAUCGAAACAGAUCUGCGUAAGGAUGAGGAAGAUGUUCAAAAUGAAAUGCCAGUACUUGAGCGAAAUGCUGAUUUGCCUGUUACAAAGGUAAAAAAUCUACAAGUGUUAUCUCCAGCACAUGAUGAGCAGGAAAAAGAUGAUCAAAAAUAUGAUUGUGAUACUGAUACUGAAUCUAAAUGUAAUUAUGAAACUAUGCAAGUUGCUGAUGAAGAUUCUUCUGUUAUUAAAAGGGAAAGGACAUUUAAAAUAGAAAAAUCAGAAGAUGACAUCUCUGUAAAAUCAGUAUUACAAGUGAAACAAGAAGUUUUGCUGGAUGAUAAUUUGAGAGAUAAGUAUAAUAUCCCAAAAAUGUUAUCUAAAGAUGAUACUCUGCAUUCACAUGUGGAUGACUCACAGAUGAUUGCAAUUUUACAGGGAUGCAUAUCACAAAAUGAUGAUGUUAUGAGUCAGGCUAGUUUUAAUUUAGACACUGAAAUGGGUGAACCAACUGUUGCUCAAUUACUGGCAUUUACUAAUGGCAAUGCUGUAAGAUGGCCGAAG